GUCGGCUUCCCGUCGUGGGUGCGUGAUCGUGUGUUUUCACUGAGUUUUUUCUGUCGUCGUCUCGCAAAGCUUCGACGAGAUAGUGUCGUGGUCGGGGAUAUAGGACACGCCGAAAUAGUUUGACCCCGCAGUGAAGUGAGGAACGAUAAAAGACGUGAGAAACGUGCCAGGACGCGGGAAUAUUCCGGGGGAGGCGAGGAGCAUUGCUCGCGCAGGCUGAAGCAUGGUGGGACCAUGGUCGAUGUCGGGACGACGGAGGAGCGUGGUCUUCCUCCGAAGAAUCAACACGACACGUCCCGUGAAAACGCACACAGAACUCCCGUCAUCUAAAAUGGAAAUACCGUACUCGGGUGAUUGCUUCAAAAAUUCUGACGCUUUUCCGGAGCGCUCAAAGUCAGCCAGCAUAUGGUCUCCCUCGGAACGUGAUCGUCUUGAAUGUGUUUGUGGUCGAAAUUUGGCGGAAAAGCGAUAUUCGAGAAAAGAAAACGCCGCCCCACUCGUCGUCAGGAACCCGGUUCAUCUGCGCAAACUUGAAGAGCCUAUCGAGCGCAAACGAGAGUACUGGAGCGACAAUCUUCUUUACAUUAUGCGUCGCGAAGGUCUCAUCCCCGACAACUGUCCGGUAGUCAUGGAUCGACCGACCCCCGAGGAACCUUACAGAUUGUCGGCACAUGUUGUCCGCCUGCUGGAGCAGGAGCCUCAGUUGUACAUUGCCAAAUCUAGCAUCAAGAUACCCAGUUUCGACUCCGUCGAUUCCGAUCGAUCCAUGUCCAGCUUUGCUGACGCGAAGAGGAGCAAGAGCCCUUUUCCGUUCUCCAGAGCGGAGCACAGGGCUACAGAAAAUUCAGACCUGUGUGCGGAGUCGUCUCGUUAUUCAUCUCAUACGUCCUUCGACGGAGACCAAGACCUCUCAUCGAGCUCAUACACUGACAUGGAGCGCUCGCGGAAACCGCAUUCAUUCUCCACGAUAUCAGAAGCUCGUUCACGUCGUUCGCUUUGCGGACAGAAACGGCAUUAUUCCACCUCAAGUGCCGAAAAACAUGCUGAAGAUUCCCUCCGAGAUCGGGUGUAAGUUAUAUCAUUGCGCUAGCGCCAAUCAAAGAGAGAGCUAGGAAGCAGGAGUGAGCACGCCUCAGACCCCUGAACGUGACCGCGCAGCCGCCGAAUGACCCUAAUCCCGAUUACUUUAUCCUGUUUUUUGGUCUUAUUUCAAGAGUGUGGUAACUUUUAACCAGUACAAAACCGACGUAUAGUCCGUAUUCGUAGCAACCCAUAAUUUUAGCCUAAUUUAUCACCAAUGAAUUGAAGAAGGAGCGGUUUUGAUCUUGUGUUUCAUAGGGCUAUCCAUUGAUCUCAUUGGAUACCACGAAGCGGAUUUAGCAAUCCCGCAGAGGAAAUCCAUGUUUUUUUUCAAUUCUUCCCGAUUUCAUCGUCCCAUCUCGUCCUCGGGGAUUGCUUCCCGGAAGUUCCAUCCCGGGGAUUCGAUGAGGGACGUGACGGGGAUAUUCCGGGAAAACCUGUUGAUUUACCGAAACUAACUUGUGUCACGGUACGCGCUUCCCAAGGGAGGUAGCUUCCCGUGGCCCAUAGCAGCUUUUAAAAUGUGAAAAACACUGCUCCUUCUAUCAGCCUGAAGUUCGUAAUCCAGCCCGGAGGAAGAUUAUGCUCUAAACUUUGAUGCUUCCCGAGUUGAGCUCGAGAUGUCUCUCACAGUUUCCUCGAAGAAGGGAUUCCUAAGAGCUGACUACGUUGAGACUCCUCGAGCCGGUCGAAAAUGCAGCGAACAAGAAGUCUCCGAUUUCAUUCAUUACCCAGUGAUCAAGAAAUGAGCUCUGCCGCUCCCUCCCUGAAUCGUGCGCGGCCUAAUUGUAUGAGUUCCGGCGGGCACUGCUUAUGAUUGAUGAUAGGAAAAAACUGGAAUAAAAUUGUUUUCGAUAAGAAUGUCUUCCGCGAAGCAA